AUGCAGAUAGGUGACUGCUCGCUCGUGCUGCAGCCAUCUCAGCCAGACCUGGUCCUCAAUGUAGGUAGAGUGACUCUUGGUGAGGAAUAUAGGCAAAAGCAGCAAAAAUUUCAGAGGGACAAAGAGAAGAAGAAAGUUGUGCUGGCUGCUUGUGCUCUGUUAAACUCAGGAGGAGGAGUGAUUCAGAUGGAAAUGGCAAAUGAGGCUGACCAUCCCCUGGAGCUGGGCUUGGACUUGGAGCAGGCCUUGAGAGAGCUGAUUCCAUCUUCAGAUGUCCUUCAGGCUUUCUUUGAGACCCGGCAACAAGGAAGGUUUUUCCACAUUUUUGUUAAGUCUUGGAGCAAUGCUGCUCUGCCUGAAGACAAUUGCACCAAGCCCCGCAUUUGCAGCGUGAGUUCUUCCCUGUACCGCAGAUCUGGUACCUCUACGAUUUGCUUAGAUUUGAGGCAGGCAUACGAUUUCCUGAAGACCCAGAAAAGGAAGGCACAGAAUACUCUCCUUAACGAAGAAUCAGAACAUAGCAAAAUCCUCAGAGCUAUGCAUCAGGACAUCAUGGAAUCAAAUUCUCCUUUCCAAGUUUUCCAAAGCAACAAGAUUGAAUAUGGUCACAUCCUGCCUUUUCCUGAGUCUCAUUCUGUAGAGUUUAAACAGUUCUCCACACAAAAAACCCAAGAAUAUGUAAAAAGAGUAAUUCAAGAGUACAUCCCUGCCUUUGCCAACACUGGAGGGGGCUAUCUUUUUAUUGGAGUGCAUGAUAAGAGUAGGCGAGUCCUGGGAUGUGCAAAAGAAAAUAUUGACCCCGACUCUCUGCAAAGAGUGAUAGCACAGGCAAUUUCUAAGUUGCCAGUUUUCCAUUUUUGCUCCACUGAUGCACAAGUUUUCUAUGAGAUCAAAGUUAUAGAUGUGUUUAAAAAUGAAAACCUAUAUGGUUAUCUCAUUAUUGUCAAUGUUGAGCCUUUCUGCUGUGUGGUGUUCUCGGAAGAUCCUGCUUCAUGGAUGGUGAAAGAGCAGCAGAAAAUAGUCAAACUGAACAUGAAUGAAUGGGUGGCAAAGAUGAUGAACACAGAUCCAGAUUUGCCUGAAGCUUUUGAAUCUCAGCUGACUCUAUCUGACCAUCCUGCAUACUGCAGAGAACAAGUGAACCAUAAAACCCAACUCCAGCAGCAUUUAUUUCCAGUGUCACCAGGACGUUGGCAGUAUAUCCCUGAAACUCUCUGGAUGGAGCUGUCCUCACAGCACAAAGGAUUGGAGGAGUUAAUACAUCAGCAAGUCCAUCCUGCCUCCUGGGGAAUUCUGAUCUUUUCCAGAAGCUGGGCUGUGGACCUGGGGUUGGAAGAGAAGCAGGGAGUCCUCUGCGAUGCUCUACUCAUUGCGCACAACAGACCCCCCACUCUGUACACCAUUCUGGGGGAUCAGGAUGCAGAAGGGCAGGACUACUGCAACCGCAUUGCCUUGACAUUGAAGCAGAAGCUGGUGACCAUGGGUGGCUACACUGGGAAGCUGUGUGUCAUGACCAAGGUCCUCUGCCUGAAUCCCAACAUCAACGCAGUGUCCCUGGAGAUGUCCAGCUCUCAGAUUCAUUAUCCCUGGUCCUAUAACUUUGUAGGCACCCAGCAAAUGGAAUCUUUCCUCCAGGCACUCAUGAUUGUCUUACUGGGCUUCAGAUCUUUGCUGCGUUAUCAACCUGAGAAGAAUUCUUAUCUGUCCAACUUCCACCAUCACAGCCAUUUGUUUGUCCAUGAUUUACCUGUCUCAGGAAAAGCAACCAUGGCCAUGAAGAUCAGGGAUAGAAACAUUCGUCUCUACAUGGAAGCUGAAGAAGUUGAAAAUGUCUGUGAGGAUGUGUCGGGAAAAACAACCAUGGCCAUGAAGAUCAGGGAAAGAUAGAAACGUUUGUCUCUACUUGGAAACUGAAGAAGUUGAAAAUGUCUGUGAGGGUGUGUCGUAAAAGGAUUCACUCUACUUCAAGCUGAAUGGGUUCAUGGUGUCAAGGAAACCUUAAAAACUGAGAGAGACCUGAGUCUGAAUCAAAUAACAUUUAUGUGACAGACACCUGCAAAACUCUCUUUGAAAGAGAUUAUUCAUCCAACGAUGUUGCUGUGCUUGUGAGUACUGCAAGUGAGAUGGACAUGAACAUCAUAAUAAUGAUAUAAAGUGAAUCAUGAAAAAUGUUCUCACCUCCAAAAAUGAUCUUCGUUCUUUGCUUCUGUUAUUUAUUUAUUUGUUUAUUUAUUUUUUUCUUUGUUGCGGAACUGGGGA